AUGUAUCCCAUGUACGGGUUCAUCGACACUCAUCCUUAUCAAAGAAACCGAGUACCUCACAAUCCUCCUUAUUAUCCCCAGUUUGAACCCAAUCGUCAUCAUCUGAACAUUGAUCCAGCUAGAUCUUCUGUAGCUUAUGAAUCCUGGCCUUGUGGUGGUAACUAUGAGCAUCCUUAUCCGCCGCGGUGUCACAGUUGCUGUAUCCAUAACAAUUCCCCGAGCCAGUGUGCAUUGGGUCCUCCUUAUCCCUACCUUCCACUGCCUCCCUACAGCGACUGUAGCAAUCCAGCAUAUCCGGUGAUGUAUGCUGCUAAUUAUGUUUCUCCCCAUUUUACUAUGGAGCAGCCUCGGUACGAAUAUGAAAAGAAUAUGGGAAGUGGUCAUCACUGCUGUGGCUGUCCAAAUCAUCCAUGUUAUACGAAAGGAGGGAGCAAUGUUAAAAUAGAAGAACAGGACCAGGGUAAGAAAAACCAAAGCAACGAGUCCUUGGUUCCUUUUGGGUUCAAGAAUUGUCCUUAUCCGGUUGUGUGGAUGAAACCUGAUUAUAUGAAGAAUAGCGCAAGCAUGAAGCCUAAUGGAUUUGAAGAUAAACAGGAUGAGGUGGAAGAUGUGAAGACAUUAGGUGAUUGCAGAUCUUUCGAACAACCAAAUGUCUGGAAAGCAUGGCCUCCUUAUCAUGGGAAUGACUCAGAAUUACCAAAGCAACGAGGAGAUCUACUCAGAAAACAACAUGACGAUGAUGUAAACAAGAAACAGUUUCCAUUUCCGAUGAUAUGGAUGCCUUACAAACCUGAGGAAACAGAUGGCAAAGUCAGCAAGGAGAUUGAUGUUGAGCAGGAGCAAACCUCCCCCUUAAAAUCUACCACACCAAGGUUAUAUGAUGUUGAAGACAAGAGAAGCAAUUCUAGAGAAAAUGAAGCGAAUAGUGGAAGUGAAAUCUGCAGAAAGGAACUGAAUAAAGAUUCUGUUACGAAAACUAUUCCAGUAAGGCAAGUGGAGCAGAUUGAGAACGUCUUGGAUGGAAAACUGGAAGAUGCUUCCCAGCGGCAUGAUGUUGAUGCUAAAGGGAAGAAAACCACUGAAGAUGGUGGCAAAAAGCAGUCGUCUUCUCCUACAAAGUCAUCCAAGCUGCCCCCUGUUUGUCUAAGAGUUGAUCCCCUGCCUAGGAAAAAAAAGAAGUAA